GCAUAUCACCCAUGAGUGAUCACAGCAAAGUUGACCUCAUAUUAAAUAAUUUCUACAGCAAAACGCUGCACUUGCUUCUGGAAAGCAGGGUGUCUCUCCCCGAGACGAAAUCGCGCAUAUCGAAAUGGUUCAAUAUACAGACUACAGACAGUGGGAGCAACUUAUUCAAGUCAGAGCUGAGCACUUGGAAGAAUCUUAGCACUAGUACUCAAGUGCCACCGAUGGUAAUCGAGUUUAUUCUCGAUGCUACGGACAUACCGCCAAAUCAGGCAUGUUUGUUCGUUGAUACACAAGGCAGACGCAAUACCGUGCAGUCUAGCCUGGUAUUAGAAAGGUGGACGCUUCAGUUGUCUGGUGCUGGCGCACAGGAGGACUUACCUAUUGUUUACAAGCGAUCAAUCGUGCUUUUUAGAGCACUAUAUACCCUACUUAGAGUCCUCCCUUUGUACACCUUCAUACGGCGGCUCAGACGAUCACACAGCCGUGGUCUCAAUAUUGGCUGUAGGCUCAGUGCGGAAUAUAGCAAGCCUACACAAUCUGAUGGCAUCCUUCCUAUUGAUGCGCAAUUAUCCCAAGAUCCACAGAGCAAUUUGACCGACACACAUCGUUUUAACACUAUCACGACACCCGCCGGAAUCUUAAACUUGAGUGUUGAAUACAGAUGUCAUACGAACUUUGUGGUAGAUGAUAUAGAAUCACUUCUGUCGUCUCGUUUCGUUGAUGAGGAUUACUACACACCUACGCUGACGAAGCAUCGGUCGACGCCUAGCGCUGGGUCAAGCGGUACGAGCGGUGUGUUCCCAAUCCCGGCCGUCUCAGAUGAGAACAAAGAGGAAGGCAAUGUAGUACGCGACUACGUCGCAAGAACUGGCGCGAGUCGCGUCAGAGCUAAUAGCAGUUUAUCACCACGAACGACGUCAUAUUUCUCAACAUCACCAUCUGUGAGACCAAUGAGCCUCUACAGCGGUGCAUCCCCAACCCCAUCACUCACAGGCAUUGUCGCACAAUCAUACCAGCGACAAGGCGCCGCGAUAAGUAUACCAGAGAAUCAAUCAAGUAGCUCAUCAACUACGAGAAGAUAUUCUUCCAGUUUUGGAUAUAGACGCAACUCCUCGAUUGGUGGUGGAAGCAGUGGUGAGAGUCUCAUCAAGCCUUUAGCAUCUCCAAAUCAGCCCUCACCACCACCUUCAGGGGUAACAGUGUCUAGAAAACAAUCAACAAAAUUAUCACAAUCUUUGGCGGAAGAAGAAGGACAUGAUGAUAAAGAUAUUGGAGAAUUUAUCAAACUGAUCGACCAAAAACCACAACUAAGAUCCGUUCAAGAGACAUCAAGCGCGACAAUCUCCAAGCAACAGCUUGACGAAAAGAUUAGGAUGAUGAGUGUUUCUAGUCUCGCGAACUCAUCUGUUAAAGAAGAGGAGAAGCAAGACUUUGGUGAAGUUGUCGGCCAGAUGGACUUUGAUGAGUUGGAUAUUAGGCGGAGUAUGUCAGCUCCAAUAGCGACCACAAGCCAGACGAAGCUCCAUACAGGCGUAGCUACGGCCUUAACUGCUGCUGGGUCUCCGGAUGACAAUGCGGUGCCAUUUUAUUACGACGUUGGCGCAAGCAGAGGCAGGUCUAGUUCAAGACGGAACGAUAAGGAGAACCCUGGGAGGAUCUAACUGGUGACACAUUACAUAUUAUAUAUAAUACGCGUGUUUGACUUGAUUAAUAUUUUACAUUGUAAUACCAGAGGCCAGUAUAUAAAGCGAGAAGAGCCAUGCCGAUGUACAAAUGUGAGUUGAAAGAGUCAUUAGCUGAGCUUGUAGAGCCCGAUGCAGAGCCUAAUGUCUGACCUUUGCCGCUGAAUGAUCCUCCACCGGAAUGCUUUCCAAGUGCAUUCUCUAUCGCGGAGGCAUUUGCGCCUUUGAUGGUUUCUAUGACUUGGCCAGAUUUGAUGAAGAUAAAAGUUGGCAUUGCGCUGAUCCUGUACUUCGCGGCUACAUCUUUAGCUGUAUCAACAUUGCACUUGAAAAAGUUCACAUUUGUAUGUUGUUUUGAUAGUGCCUCGUAUUUAGGCGCUAUAGCGUGGCAAGGACCGCACCUCUCGGCGAAGAAAUCAAUCACGUUGAGCUUAUUAUCGUCUAACUUGCUCAAAUCAGCUACGGAAUUAAGGAGAAUCAUGAUGGAUGUACACUUGGAAGCUGUACGAAAGUAGGAACACAUAUAAGAGCGACUGUUUAGCCUUGCUAGCGAAUAGCUACCCUUAACUCUGCACUACUCAGUCGUAACUAUUCCCUUCUUUCUCCCUUACAUCCAUCUAGACAAUGGGCGGCAUAUGCUGCAAGCCUCAGGUGUGCACUAUACAUGCCCUUAUACUACCAUCUAACCUAUAUUUUCCAGGUUAUCGACUUUGACGGUAUGUGGCCACAGAUUCGGUCCAUAUAAGCUCUAAAACCGCGCUCAGGACCCGUAGAUCUCUGGCAUUUCAGUCUACUUAGAGCUGUA